AUGGCAAUGGAACAGCUCCUGGAAAUGUAUAAUGAAAUCGAAGAUAACCACUCAUGGAAUUCUGUUUAUCAAGAAAUAGAUAAGCAAUCUUGCAAACAAGAGAGGAAAUUGAAACUGACAACAAAAAUUGCGCAUUCAUGGGAGAAUGCGGAAAGGAACCGUUAUCGGAACGUCUUAGCAUAUGAUACAAGUCGUGUUGUAUUAAAGCGGGAAAAUACUGAGCGAUCUGAUUAUAUUAAUGCUUCGCCACUAAUCGUUCCAACUGCCAAACGUAAUUAUAUUUUAACACAGGGACCACUUUCAACGACUAGUAACGAUUUUUGGCAGAUGGUAUGGGAGCAGAAUAGUACUCUUAUAAUUAUGUUAAACAAGCUGGUAGAGAAAGGAUUACCGAAAUGUCAUGAUUAUUUUCCAUCUUUGGACAGUCCCACGCGCAAGUUCGAUUCUUUUAAUGUGAUUCUGAAAGACGAGCAAGAUUUUGGUGACUAUGUGAUUCGAGAUUUGGAGCUCUUGAAGAAAAAUGGAGAUGUUUUAUCGGAAAAAGAUGAUCCUAAUAGACCACCUUCACGCAUAGUCAAACAUUUUCAUUUCACAAGUUGGCCAGAUUUUGGUGUCCCUCAUUCAACUGCUGUGUUUAUUGGAUUCUUGCAAAAAGUACGUGGCACUGGACUUUUAUGCGGCAAGGAACCUACUGUAGUGCAUUGUUCAGCUGGUAUUGGUCGUAGUGGAACGUUUGUGGUAGCAGACUCAGUCUUGUCAAUGGUUGAACAAAAUGUAAAGGAGAUAGAUGUAACAAGUUUGGUUGUAGAAAUGAGAAGGUCAAGGAUGGGAUUGAUUCAAACUCCACAACAGUUACAGUUUUGCUGGAAGACCAUCGCUGAUGCAUUACGACAGGGAGUUAUUACUAAAAACGAGGAAAAUUUUGUUAAUGAUAAAUUUGGGAGAGAUCUUUUGACCGUACCCAACAAUCACAUUAAUGGCGAAGUAGAUGAAAUGCCACAUUUGGAAAGGUCUCAGGCAAACCAGAUGACUACUGAUUUACACUCCAAAUCUUGUAGUGAUUUUUCAUCUCUUCGAAAAAGAGCUUCCACGGACUCUUGCGAAACAGAUAAGGAAACAAAACACUCGAAAAGGAAAAAACGUAUAGAAGAGAUGCGUGCGCGCCUCUUAAAAUGUGAAGAUGCUCAUAAAAAAUGGCAUCGUAUGGUAGUGGGUCGUACUGGUAUUGGAUGCACGUGUGCAGCAGUUGCAGUUGCCUUUGCUGUAUAUUGUAUUUAUCGUUUAACCUCAUGA